GUAGCCUUAGCUAGCAGACGACAGAUCAUUACACACAGCAGCUAGCGCCCGCUGGACGAGGCACUGGUAAAGACAGCUUUGCAAGUCUUCCAAACUUGGUUCCUGGAUUUUUUAUUCAAGUCUUCCUGAUUUUUCACAGUCUCUUCGAUGAAAUUACCGACGAGUACCGUUAUGCAGCAAGAACAGCUCCUCCACGUGCUUCCAGAAAGAGUGUCGGCAUCAGCACCCCACUCUCGUUCCUGUUCCUUCAAAAACAGGCCCCGACCAAAGUUGGAACUUGAUCUCGCCGAUGCCAGACCACGGAUCAAUAGUAUGCCAAACUGUUCAGUGUUUCUCUCAUUACCCGACGGACUUCAUGGAGAUCUUCGGAUGUUCGGACAAAACGACGGUUUCUUCCGCGUGAGAUCCUUCAAAACCACUUCCAAGGGUGUUGUCAACCACGGGGACUCCUUCAAGAAGAGGAGUACGGUCAGUUUGAUGUCAUCUGGAAGCACCGUCACAGAGAAUGAGCAGAGACAGAGGACACUAAGUGUGGCGUCAGAGGAAAGUACAGCCGUUAGUGGGGGAUCUUCAGCCGCACCCUCCUACUUCAGGGUGGUGAUGCUCGGUGCCCCCGGGGUGGGGAAAACCACACUCACCCGACAGUUCAUGACAUCGGAAUAUAUGGGCUCCUAUGAUGUAAUAACCCCUGAUCCCGACGAGCAUGAUGAUUCAAUUGUUUCCGUCAUGUUGGAUGGAGAAGAGUCGAUGAUGGAGUUUAUCGAUAACCCCGAGGACUGUGAUUUUGAAGACCUCCGAGUCGAUGCGUAUGUCGUGGCUUUCUCCAUCACAGACCAGGAAUCAUUUGAAACUGCCGUAAACAUGGUGCGCCAGCUCCGGGUUGAAAUGGGAACCGAUCGAGCCAUCAUCCUUGUUGCUAACAAGACAGAUCUUGUUCGGCAACGUCGAGUGCCAUCGUCAGAAGCUAAGGUCAUCGCCAUGAAGUACGACUGCAAAUAUACAGAAACAUCCGUUGCCAUCAACCAUCAUGUGGAUGAGCUCUUAGUCGGAAUACUCAGUCAAAUUCGCUUCAAGCUCAACAUCCCAGUGAACCAGGUUGUGCUAACGGAGAAACCCAAGGAGAAACUGUCCCCAAAAGAGCCAUGUUGUUCCUAAGUAAACUGUUCAAGCAAGCAAGUCGAAAAUCAAAAUCCUGUGACAAUCUCUUCGUUUGAUUUGCCUUGCCGGCAUGCUAGGACAACACUGCCUUGAGUUUUGAUGCGAUGUUGAGCUAUUGUCCACCGUUCCUGGGAUGUUAGUUCCUGCUUAUACAACGACAAUGACGAUUUCCACUGCUGUUGACAAUCCCAUAGUUUAUUCAUCCGUCCACAUCAAGGCGUAAUAAUCACACAUCUGCCUUCACCGCCAGGACAACCCACAGAACAUCAUUCCAAGCCUUCACUUCCUCAAUCAGAAUCAAUGCUUCAAGGCUUCUCGUCACGUGGAUUCUAUCACUGCACCAUGCCGGAAAGACUCUCGCAUAAGGUGCCGUAAACGAGCUGGAGUAAUACUACGUUUCCCAGAAACGUCUCCAACCACGGGUUCACAAGAUCGGCCGACACUACCAGUGAUAUGUUCCGAACUAUUUCAAGUCGAUCCAGAAGUGAUAGUUUCAGAUUGAACGAUUCUUCGACACAUCAUCUGAUCGUGAUCCAGAUGUCAUCAAAAUGACUUUUGAAGUUGUUUUAUAUUACCUGGCGAUGUGUGCCCAUCCUCAUCGCAUUUCCCAUCGGGACCAAUCUGUACAUUGCUUUUUGUAUGAUAUUGUCACAAUGCAAAUAAACUUUCUUACUUCUUUUAA